CUCCUUCUUUUCCUCCCCGCUCGCUCCCUUUCUUCCUUCCUUCCGCCUGGCACCAUGGGGCCGGGGCGCGGGACCGCCGCGGCGCUGUUGGCGCUGCUGUGUGCGGGAUGUGCGCUGCGCGCUGGCGCCCAGUACGAGCGCUACAGCUUCCGCAGCUUCCCGCGGGACGAGCUAAUGCCGCUGGAGUCGGCGUACCGGCACGCGCUGGACCAAUACAGCGGCGAGCACUGGGCGGAGAGCGUGGGCUACCUGGAGAUCAGCCUGCGGCUGCACCGACUACUGCGCGACAGCGAGGCCUUCUGCCACCUCAACUGCAGCGUGGCGCCCGAGCCCGAGCCCGCCGCCGGCCUCGCUCGCUACCCGGAGCUGCGUCUGUUCGGGGGCCUGCUGCGCCGCGCCCACUGCCUCAAGCGCUGCAAGCAAGGCCUGCCUGCUUUCCGCCAGUCGCAGCCCAGCCGCGACGUACUGGCCGACUUCCAACGCCGCGAGCCCUACAAGUUCCUGCAGUUCGCCUACUUUAAGGCAAAUAAUCUUCCAAAAGCCAUCGCAGCUGCACACACGUUUCUACUGAAGCAUCCUGAUGAUGAAAUGAUGAAGAGGAACAUGGCAUAUUACAAGAGCUUGCCUGGCGCGGAGGACUACAUUAAAGACUUGGAAACCAAGUCAUAUGAGACUCUGUUCAUCCGAGCAGUGCGGGCUUACAAUGGUGAGAACUGGAGAACGUCCAUCACAGACAUGGAGCUGGCCCUUCCUGACUUCUUCAAAGCCUUCUAUGAGUGCCUUGCAGCCUGCGAGGGCUCCAGGGAGAUCAAGGACUUCAAGGAUUUCUAUCUGUCCAUAGCAGAUCAUUAUGUAGAAGUCCUGGAGUGCAAACUACAGUGCGAAGAAAACCUCACCCCAGUUAUAGGAGGCUAUCCUGUUGAGAAAUUUGUGGCCACCAUGUAUCAUUAUUUGCAGUUUGCUUAUUAUAAGUUGAAUGACCUGAAGAAUGCAGCCCCCUGCGCAGUCAGCUACCUGCUCUUUGACCCGGAUGACAAGGUCAUGAAGCAGAACCUGGUGUAUUACCAGUACCACAGGGACAAGUGGGGCCUCUUGGAUGAGCACUUCCAGCCCAGGCCAGAAGCAGUUCAGUUCUUCAACGUGACCACCCUCCAGAAGGAGCUAUAUGACUUUGCUAAGGAAAAUAUAAUGGACGAUGAUGAGGGAGAGGUUGUGGAAUACGUGGAUGACCUCUUGGAUAUGGAGGAGACUGGCUAGUCCACAGCAGCCGAAGGGACUUCCCCUCGACGAUCAGGAAACACAAGAUUCUUUGCCUUCUUUGUUCUCAGUGGUCCAGGAUGUUGAUACCUCAAAGGCUUCCUUUCAUUCUGUGAAGUGAAAAGAAGCCCCCAUCUCUCUUACUUCAUUAAUGAGGGACUUUCUGCGUGUUUAUUCCUGCCUGCCCAUCUUCAUAUCUACUUUCCUCGUGUUCGCACCCACACCUACCUUCCCAUCUUCAUACUCGCCUUCUACAUAUUCAUACCUGCCUGCCCCAUGCUCAUACCUGCCUUUCUCGCCAUUCUGGUUGGAAGGACAGUCUUCCAAGUGUCACCCCCCACCCCCCCCCCCCAAAAAAAAUCAGUAUUAUUUUAAAUAAGAAAAACACUACUAAAAGAUGAUAGUUGCAUAGUUGCAAAGGCCUACUUUGGCCUCUCUGCUCUCCCAGAUUUUAGUCUCCCUUUUCCCCAUCCCCUGAUCCAGGAAAGGUGGUGGAGGACCAGGGCUAAAAGUCUCCAAGCCACAAUGGUCUUUUCUUGGUCUGACCUAUACUAUAUCUGGCACCCAUUGAAAAAUCAGUUGGGUAGACAGUGUGGAGUACACGAGUGGCUUUUCCCUAACACUUUUGCAUCUUCCAAGUCUUACAGUGCUUGGUUGAUCCCAUUUGAAGACAAUGCUCAGUUACGUAUCUCUGAGUUUUGGAAGAAAGCCAAAGAGUGUCCAGUUUGAGUCAUUCUUUCAAUAAAUAUUUAUUGAGCACCUACUACAUGCUGGGCAUUGACCUAGCCCUAGAGAUACUUCAUGGACCAACAGUCAAAAAUCCUUGCCCUCAUGGAGCUUAUGUUCUAUAUAGAGAGAGACAACAAAUAUAUAAGAAUAAAUAUGUGCAAGUAUCAGAUGGUGAUAAUUGCUGUGGGGAAAAGUAAAGCAGGGAAGGGUUAGGUAAGGAAUCCUGGAGAUGAGGCUACAGUUGAAAAUAGGGCGGUCAGGGAGGGGCUCACCAAGAAGGUGACAUUGGAGCAGAGAUCUGAGGGAAGCAGGUCUCAGGGAAAAGCAUUCGAGGAAGAGGGAACAGCAUGUGUAACACCCUAAAGCAAGAGCAUGCUUGGCGUGGUCAGAGAGCAGCAGGAGGCCGAGGAGUGGGUGGGCAAGAGGAAAAGUGGAAGGAGAUAAGGUUAGACAGGUAGAAGUAUAUAGGGUGAGGGGAGAAAGCAGAUGGCUCAGGGCCUCACCAGCCAGUGUAAAGCCUCUGGCUUCUAUUCCAAGUGAGCUGGGAGCCAUAGAAAGUUCUGCAGAGGCAUGCCUUGACUGACUUACAUUUUACAAGGCUCACUCUGGCUGCCAUGUUGUGAAGAAGCAGUGAUACCAGUUAGGAAGCUAUGGCAAUGUUCCAUGCAAGGGGGAUGCUGGCUCAGACCUGGGUGGUAGCAACGAAGGUAGUGAGAAGUGGUCAAAUUCUAGGUCUAUUUUGCAAGCAGAGCCAAUAGGACUUGCUGAGAGAAAGAGAGGCGCUGAUGACGAUGUCAAGGUUUUCAACCUGAAUAACUGAAGCACAGAGUUGCCAUUUACUGAAAUGGGGAAGAUGGGGUUGGGUGAGUAAGUAAGGAAUGUGGUGCAAAGUAGGCAGCCUGAGGUUGGGAUGUGAGGUUCAGGCUGCAAAUAAAAUUUGAGAGUUCUCAGGUCAGGUUCCCUAGCAGAGCCUGAGACAGGUAACUAAUGCACCUGUUUUAAUGUGGGGGCACUCUCAGGAAGAACCUGUGAAAACCUCUAUCAAUCAUUUAUGCUCUAUGGGACGUCUCUUGGGGGGGGGGUGGAGGUGGGGGUGCCCUUGAAGGCAAGUGUCUUGCUUAUCUGAGGAUAAUUCUCUGGAAGGGGGACAGUUCUGGGCCUUUGGCAGCCAACUACAUAGUAGUGGAGUGUAGGGGAGCUGCACAGAUAAUGGGUACUCUUCUGUGAAGGGGAUCUGGGAGGAGAACCACAGUGCCUCCUACAGGAAACAUCAGAAUCCAAGUGGUACUUUUAGCCAGGAGGCUGGAUGGGGUCACCUAGAUUGUAUGUGUAUAUUGAGAAGCAAGAGAAAAGGGCCAAGGACAGAACCCUGGGGCUCUUUGGGAAAUGAGUAACCAGCCAAAGAGAUUGAGAAGGAGCUGCCCUGGAAGUCAGUGAAAACCAGGAGCAUGUGGUGUUGCACAAGCCGAGCUUUCUUUAUUCCUAGUUCAAGAAGCCACCUACGCAGGAGAAUGACACAGUGUUUGGGAGAUGAGAGCUGUCCCUCAGUGGCAUGGAAAAGAAUCAAUGUGUUUGAUCUUGGGCUACUACUCAUGGAGAUAGAGUUUGGGUUUUCAAUGUAAUGAUGAUUAGUUGGUGGUGGAAAACACAUUUUUAUUUCUAUAGGCUUCCUUAUUUACUCCUAUCACACUAUUCCAACCAUUGGGAACUCAGAUAUGUCCUUUUAUUUCUUCUCCUGCACUAUCCUGCCUCCCUCAACCCCUUUCUCCUGAGAGAAUUUCUCUUUUACUUGCACAAGAAUUCCCAUCUUGGAUCCUGCUUCUGAGAAGAGUACCAGACUUAAGACGAUAGCCUACCACUUCUGUUUUUGCUGAAUUUGUUCACAUCAGCAGAGUCCAAACAUCUAGGGGGCUGUGCAGCCAAAGGAGUUAGUGUUAUUACUGGCAUUUAAUGGUUGCACUUGUGUCUAUAGUAUCCUCCCAAUCGGCACCCUCCAGCCCUGCAAUGAGUCAGACCCCUGUGACUUCCUGCCGGGGGAGACGGCCUUUGCCCAUGGAAUGCUGGGCCCUUUCUUUCCUCGUCCUGCCUUCUGCUCCAUCCGAGAAGCUUCCUUUUGAAGUCAGUGGGGAAGAGGGUCAUAGGGCAAGACCAUAAAGUGGAAGGGGACCCAAUGAGUGGACGCCCUGUCCCAGGAUUCCUGAGUCUGUGUGGACGGUGUACCCAGCAGCUGUUCCCUCACAUGGAUCCUGGCUGCGAUUGUCCUUCCCAGCUGUGUGGGAAGGAGACAUCCAUGGGGCCCAGGGCUGGGUUGGGUGUUCUGACCCACUGCACCCCUGUGUGCCCUGCAGGGCAGCCAUGUAGAUGAUGUUGCUCCGCAGGCUGGAGGGUGGGUGGAGUCCUUCACUCUGGAGUCAGCCUCUUUCCACUGGGGAUUGUAAAGCACCCCCACCUCCACCCUAGCAAGGUCCCCUGAGGAACAGACCCUGGUGACAGUGUGGUCAACACUUUCAGCACUUUGCUUUAAUUGAAGAAGGUUGUGGAGCCAAAUUACUGAAUUUUGAUUUCAAACCAAAUCAAUUAAAAAAAAACAAAAAACACUGCCUCUUCCAAACCUGCCAUGCAAUACAGCGUGCACGCAGGCUUCUCUCACGUCCUUAGCCCAACACCUCCCUGAGCUCAUUUCUUGGAAGAACGUAGAAGAUUCCCGGACUGAGACCCCAUAGAUUCAGCAUCGGUCUGGACUGUCUUUUGAAAAACAAAAACACAUUUGUAAGCUUUGUGGGAGUUUCCAGGCCCACCCUAAAGUGCCUCUCAUCCUCCAAGCCACCAGCAUGGAGGCCAGGGGUUGCUGUUUGACAGCCUGCCCCCAGUGGGGGUGUGGGGGUCUCUGUCCAGCUCCAUCGCCACUCAGGUAACCCAAGCAGGGACAGCCACCGCGAAGGACCUAAUACCCACCGUGGCCACUCUUAAUGUUCAGAAUUUACUUCCAGUGAAGUAAAAGGCCAAGGGGGAGGUUGGUGUGUACGCAUGUGUUUAAAAGUGACUAAUUGAGAUGUAGCACAUACCAACACAUUCAACCUACUAAGAUGGUUUUGAUUUUUGAAAGUUUUACUUCUGGGAUCCAGAAGAUCACAGGGCUCACUGACCACAAAGGCCACCUUAGGAAAUGUAUGCUUUUAGGAGUUCUUACUGAAGGAACUUUAAGAGCACAAAAAUUUUGUUGAACCAAACUCUGUGGCAAACAAAAAAUGAUUUGUUAGAUUGUCAAUGAGAAAAGGUUUAUUAUGACUGCUGGCGGAAUAAACAGUGGUCGGUUUCUGCUAACAUUUAUGGAAAUAAUGUUUUUAAGUUUUAAAUGUGAGCUGUAAAUGUAAGCUACUUCAGUUAAAAAAAAAAAAAUUCAAUACUUAAACUGUGGGGAAAAGGUGGACUGG